AUGUCUAUCCCACAAAACGCUCUUCCCGCCGCUGUCAAGCUUCGCGAGUCCGCUCUCACUGCCUUCAAAACUUAUCAGGACAUGAAAGAGGGACUGAACAGCGCUGCCGCUCCCACCAUUCUUGGCGUAGCCGCUAAUUACUGUGUUCAGCUUAUCGACACCAAGGAUCCGUGUCUGCUUAUGCACCAGCCAAUGCACAAUGUGCUUUUCCUUGUUAGAGGCGAGUACAAUACCCGCAGCACUGGAGUUCACGCCAUCGCGCCCCCAGCCAACCUUGACACUAUCAAAGAAUAUUGUCGCGCCGUUCUCGCUGCGUGCGCCACUGCGCAGGUCGUUCCACCACCUGUUACUGCUCAAGCUCAGGCUCAGGCUGAGAUUGCAGAGCGCGGAUACAUUUUGAAACAGCGUCCCCGCAAGCUUGUCAAGUCCAAGGCUGUCGUCGAGGACAAGGACAACGAGGUCGAGAUUGUCCCCGGCCCCUCGGAUACCGACGUUAUGAUGGGUGGGUGUGAUGGCCCCAACGCUAUCACUGCAGCUGACACCAUGGCAGUGGACAACCUCUUUGGUGACGAAGAAGUCAAGGACGCUGCUUCCUCUCCCAAAGAGAAAGGCAAGAAGCGCACUGCCUCUGGUCCCAAGACCCCAGCCAAAUCCAAGCAUGCCGAAACGGUCAGCAUUCCCUACGACGCUGUUCCAGGCAUGGACACUAACAGUCGCGAAUUUCACAAGGCCCUCGUCGUCGAGCAUGCCAAAGGCAGUUGCGCCGGCGACAAACGCCCUCGUACUGAACCGCCCUUUAUUAGUGGUUUAGCAGAUCUUCAGUCUCGUCAAAUGCGCGCACAUGCUGCUGUUACCAACCGCAUGCCGGCUUAUCCCACCCUUGCUUAUUUCAAGCAGCAAGAGGUCGAUCUUCGUGAACGCGUUCUUCUCAGCAUGCAGCGCCUCGACUUGGAGCUUCGUCUUCGCGACGUACUUGUCGCCGAUUACGAAAUUGCCCUUGCCCAGAUUGCUGAGCGUGAAGUAACUAAGGAGUAG